AAUUACCCCUUGCGGGAUAAUCCGAAAAAAUCAUCCCGAUUAUACUUUUUAGUCAUAGUUGCAUGAAAUAUCCAUUCCUACUACCCUUAUUUCGCAUUCCGUAAAGUCCAAAUUAUUGCCACAUGGUGCGCUAGUAGCGUGUGUCAUAUUUUUCUUCAGUCAAGCGCUGUCAGUCAGUGAAUAAAGUGCAAGUUGCGAUGGAGGAGCGUGAAAAAAGUGCUGAAAGGGAAAACCCUGAUAUUGUAAAGAUUGUGGAAGACUGGGGGAUCUCCAACAACGGAAUUUCCCGUCUUUUAAUGUGUGGAAUACGCGGACGGGAGCAUCUGGAAGCUCUGGAUGACGCAACAAUAAGCAAAAUUUUUUGCGACGACACCCAUUUAGGUGAUUGCGUGGUUUUUCGAAUCAAAUUGAGACAUUGGAGACUGUGCAAUGGGACUGAAGAUUUGGCAAAUCCAGAAAAUGUUGUGCCACCCCAUCAAGUCCCCAAUCCAAUGCAUAUUUCUGCCGACUCCAAUGCAAUGGUCGGAAACUGUAAAGCCUGCCCCCUUAAAUGUGGUUCAUUGAAGGACUUAUUGAAGUCGAGUCUGAAAGGAGAGGCACUUCUAAAUAACUAUGUGAAGCAUAAUAUGCUUCGUAACUGUGAUCAGAAUGAUCUCAUAAGCAUUAUCAUUGAUAAUCAUUUGAGAUUUGAUUUGAAAAUAUCACCAAAGGAGCUCAAGGGGUACGCAGCAGAAAUAAAAAAAUUAUUUCCAUCUGAAAACGAGGAAAUUUAUUACGUUCCACGCCCCCCCAAGACUAAGCAGAAUCCAAAAGGAAAAUUGUUCAACAAAUUUAAGAACAAUUUGAGGAAAUAUAAGCAAGCUGUGCAAAAUAAGGAUGCAGUUGAAGAUAGGGAGGAAGAUGAUAAUACCGACAAUGGAGAAGCAGUACGAGAUAUCUCAGAUCUUCUUAUGGAAAAUGUUGAAUGGUUGAAAAGCCACUGCGAUCCUUGGGAUGAGGUGAUUUCCAAGUGGAAAGCAACUUCAGUUUGGAGAGUGGAAAGUAUCAAAAAAGAUUCUGAGCCAUCUCUAGCAUUUAUACUGGAUGCAUGGCCAGGCUUCAAAGAUCCUCGAGGGUUUGACUUGGUAAGUAAAAUUCUUUAACAGUAAAGUGUCAAUGUGUUGAUAUAAUAUAAAUAUUUUUUAAACUUUGUUUAAAUUACGGAAACAAACUACUGUU